AUGAAUGGCGAAGUCUCAAAAGAGGGACAACCCGAUGACCAGUAUCAGAAAGGACUAACUGAAAAUGCUAGCUUCGAAGGCGAGGGAAACCCCUUCGAGAUGCAUAAUGACGUCCAUCUGACUCAAUCAGGAGGCUUGAAUCGCUUGCUAAGGCAAACAACGAACAAUGAGGCCAAGAAGGGUAACCCUUCAGACCUCGGCAAUGCCAACACUACCAUCGCAGCCAUCCUGAAAUCCCAAGAAGCUCAGGGUGAAAGGAUGGAGAAACUAGAAAGGCGAAACAGAAGGCUUGAGCGGAGAAACCGCAAGCUUAAGCGAAAAGCAAAAAGGAAGGCGCCACUCGCUGCUGUCGAGGAGGUCCCGGAGGAGGAAAACCCCUUUGAACAUUUACAAGAUGACGAACGAAUUAACAUCCCUGACGCCUCCAACGAGGAAACAACGGAUCGCUUCCCCAAGGGAAGCCGAGGUAUACUUGAUCACGAGGAUAGCUCAUCCGAGGGAUCAUCGGAUAUUGAUGCUAAACAUCGGAGAGACAAAAACCAAAUCCAAGAAGUUAAAACCAACUGUGAGGCCGAGAACCUCGCAGUCCCAAACCCCAAGCGAGGGGAUACCUCAAGGUCAACUCAUUCUAAGAUUGUAUCGUAUGCCAAAAAAUCAGGCGAUGACUCAAGGCGAUCAAGGCAUCACUAUCAUGAACCAUCUUUCUCACCCGAGAGAGCUCUGGGAAGAAAAAAGAAGGCCGAAACAAGGCGACAUGAUGACCAACUUCAGGCCCGACUCAACCGGCUUGAAGCAGCGUACAUAUAA